AUGUUCUGGUUUGAGACCCUGCUGUGUUGGCGCGUAUUACCGGACCUUGUCUAUUGCUUUCGCGUCCUUCGUGGAGAAUCCAAAUUGAAUGUCAACAAGUACUGGGUCUUCAAGUCGGAUGACGGCGCUGUAAUGGAACUGUCAAACGUCAAUGCAAGUCUAGGAAGACCGUCCCGCGUGAGAACAGAUGCGGCAACUGUUCGGCCUGAACAAAACUUUCUGCCCUCUUCCAAAUUCAAGAAUCAUUGGGACCUGAUAGAUCACGCAAAUGAGGAGCAUGCUGUCUUGCCUGAUGAUUUUAUUGUGGAAACUGCUACUUUUGACAAUAGGAGCGAAUUUGAGAGCUGGAAAAAUACUCUAGAAAACGAAGCCAUAGCGAGAUUCGCUGUAGUCACUCGUCGCAAAUGCUCAGAGGGGUCCGUCGCUUACAUGAGGUGUAGCCGUGCAAAACCACGCCCAGCAUAUUCAGAAAUUGAUCAUCCUGGCACCAAAAAGAUAGUGGAUAAUUGUACUGCCUUUAUGAAGGUACUUGAAUACUUAGUCUCACUGAAAUUCAAUGGUAGUAGAACGAUGAAUGUUCAGGUGAUUGAAAAAGGGAACAGUGUUGAAGUCAAAUAUUGCCGUUCUCAUUGUGGUCAUAGCAUAGAGCCUGCCAUUUUAUCAAUGGAUCCUAUUUCUGAAAAAUACAUAGUAUCGUUGUUGCAAGAGGGCUUCAAGCCCCACCAAAUCCUCAUCAGCAUACGAAACAAUACAGACCAAUCUAGAAGGGACAAGGUAGAUGUUAAAUCUGUGGAAAAGAGAGUGCAAGAAAGAAACGUCGAUGAUGGGAUACAAUUGUAUAAUCCUGCGCUAAACGAGACCGGUGAAGGGUUCACGCUCGGUAAUAGGGCAGCUGGAAGCCAUCCUAGGAGAGUGUUAUUUUUCAUUGCUGUUUCAGUCAUAAUAACGCCCCAGCAGCAACAAUGGAUAGUGAAAUACGGAAGCCGUGCACUCUGCCUCGAUGACACUUUCAAUCUGACUGCUUAUUGCCUAAGGCUGGCAACUAUCAUACUUGUAGACGAAUGGGACAAUGACCGAAAACGAAGUGGCAUUGCUAAUUUGAAGAAGUUAAGAAGCCUGAAACUGGACUUUGACACCGAUUUCUUUAUGACGGAUGACAGCAAUUCUUUUUACAAUGGUUUUCUGAAAGUUUUUCCUCAAUCGAGGGCACAAAAGCUGUUGUGCACGUUCCAUAUACUUCAAUCUGUAGAAAGGAAUUGCAUUUCAAAGCUAAAAAAGUUCUUCGUCAUGAAAAUCUCUGGUGUAGGACAUUCGAAUCCGCAAGCAUUACAUCAAAAGAGCCCCAGAAUAGAGCAAUGGGGAGGGUUUACACGACGAAGCUCAUGUGUCGGAACUAAUAUGCUAAUCGAGCGAUUUCACAAGAGGAUCAAGCAUGAAAUCUGCGAUAGCCGAUCGAAUCUUAGGAUCGAUUCGCUUCUAGAAAUGUUGAUUUCGCUGGUGCCAAUCAUGGAGGAGGAACGCAAUAUUAAG